AUGGCGGGGGUCGCCUUGGCGCAGCUGAAGGCUAGAGUUAAGGCGGCCACUCUGCAUCCAGCACUUCGUUUUGGUCUGUUGUCCGCGGAGUAUUCUCGUCGUAUGCGGAAUAAGGCGAUUUCUGCGAGAAAGUUGGUACUUUCUAUGAGAGAGGCUUUAACACGUCUGCGGAACUGGAUUGAGUUUGCCAGGAUAUUCCGUCUGGACGCCCAGUCGGCCUCUCUUCUUCUAGUUCCCAGUCAUAAUCUCACCACGGGUAUGCACGGUGAUGGUAACAAGAGUCUGGAGUUCACAGCCGACACUAUGAUGGAGUUCGUCAGGACCAAUCACGAGUUUUAUGGUAGCGCGUGUGUAACGACAUUGGAUCCGGAUAAGGCCUCGCGCGACUGCCGCAAAUCCACCGUAACGCUGACUGUACCGGGUAACGGUGCUACUCGGAAGAACGUCCCGAGCCGCGUUAGCAGUAGGAAUUCUUCGCGGAGGAGCAGCGAUGAGCACAAGAAGCUCCCCCCGCAGGGAUCGGUCACCAAUUUGAAGAUCUUUGCCGGUGAGAUACAGCGGGGCCCUGGGGAGAUGGAGGGCGUCCGAGAAAGUUGUGGACAUGUGGUAUGUCUCGGUAGAGAUGCUCUUCUCGAACGACCUGCAAGAGGGCGAAUAGCUGGCUGA